CGCCAAACAAGCAUUCGAGGCGCUCGUCCUCUUUUUCCUCUGCAUUCAGCAUUCUCCCUAGUCUUUCUUUACCGUGUGUCUCUAGUGCAUUAACUUACAAUGCGGUCGACUCUUGGCGAACAGUCUGCUUUUAUAUAUGGAACGCACCCACAUCGUCUCUCUUCGCGGAGAAAGCCCCGAAGAUGGCCUUUGGUCUUCCGCUUCAUUAAAGGUGCCAUACAUGGCGCCAUUCUCCUCCCCGUGUGUUUGCAUGCUAUAUUCACAGCAUUCGUCGUCUGGUUAGAUCAAUAUGUUUUUGAUACAGUGGGGUUGCCAAGUAGCAUUAUCCCGUCACUUUCCAUCGUUGUUGGUCUCAUGCUCGUCUUCCGCAACCAAACCUCAUACAACCGCUUCUGGGAUGGCCGGAACAGCAUGAACAACCUCACCACCUGCAUUCGCAAUCUAGUCCGGAUCAUUACCACGAACAGCUACAGCGGCAGCAAUGCGCAACUCGGAAACCCACUCACCGCAGCCGAGAAACAAGACAUCGAACGGACCAUUCGCAUCCUCAUGGCCAUCCCAUAUGCAGUCAAGAACCAUCUCCGUGCUGAAUGGGGAGCUGCAUGGGCGACGCCGUCUUUGGGUGACGACGUCGACAAGAGCGGCACGACGGUUUAUAAUCCGGUUUAUGCAGGUUUGUUACCAGAGGGACUUCAGGGACACGAAGAUGAAGGCCUCGGGCUUCCAUACCAAUUGACAUUUUUCGUGGAUGGGUUUAUCAAACGUGGAGUGGAUAGGGGAUGGUUCCAUGCGCCGGGAGCGAGUCAGAUGCAGGCACAAUUGAACAGUCUACUGGAUGCGUAUGGAAAGAUGGAGACAAUCAGGUUGACGCCUAUCCCGAUUGCAUAUCUGAUCCACAUGAAACAAGUCCUCGCACUCUUCGGCUGCGUCCUCCCCUUCGCCAUGGUCGACGACAUGGACUGGUGGGCCAUCCCCAUCGUCAGCCUGGUCAUCUUCACACUCUAUGGCAUCGAAGGUAUCGGUUUGCAACUCGAGGACCCAUUCGGGUACGAUCGGAAUGAUAUCAAGAUGGAUGCUAUUGUCGGGGAUGCGAAGACGGAGCUUGAUGUUGUCUUGGAUGAGUGGCGGAGGCUUGUUGGUUCAGUUGAGGGUCUUGGUGGUGCGAACGAAGAAGGUUUUGUGCCUUCAGAGUUGUUCUUGAAGAGGGCUUGAGGUGAGACUUUGGUUGAUCGUUUGCUGACGAAGAGAGCCUUAUGUGCAACCCCGAGGCUUAAGGAGCGAGGAUUUACAUUCAUUUAGAACUAGCCUGGACAUGUCCUUCUCGGUCAUUUCUGGCGGUCGAUUUUGGUUAACAUCCUCUGAUGGAAUUGAAGUUGAGGAUAUUUGAUUGCUUCAAAUAGCUUGAAUAUGUUAUGCAAUGAAUGGAUCAUAUAUCAAGAG